CGACACACUGUGACAUCGCUCGCCGUACGGGCGGUAACAUGUCGUGCGACACAAGGCCUGGAUGUGCUUCUGCGCAGUCGUGAUCUGCGUUCGAGCUACCGUUUUCUCGCGACAAGUGCCGCCCGCUGCAGCGUUCCCGUUUUCUCGCUCUGCAGGUAAACUCGUCAAACAUGGGCGAGGCUACAAGGGAUGCUCGACCUGCCAAAGGACAUAAACCAGCCUGCAGCCCACAAUGGUAUGGAACAAUCUCGGUUUUCUUCUUGGAUUUGAUGUCCUCCUUUGUUCGUCAUGUUUCGCAAACAUACCACUCGCGAACCUACUCACAACGUCGAACUGCACCAUGAUCGUGUUGCCGAGGAAGCUCUGGGUGGCCGCGCCAGGGAUCUAGGUAAGAGUUACUUCACGAGUCCCGGCUUCGUGGGUACUGUCGUCGCAACCUGUCUAGCCCAGAUCUCCGGGUACUUAGGAUGGGUACUCCCAGCAAACACACUGGCGCUGAUCAAUGCCGCAAUCGGACCAUCGCCGAAUAUCACUUGGGUGGCUAUUUCCUGGACACUUGGCCUCGCCGUUGGUUUUACUCUGGUCGGUCGACUGUCUGAUAUAUUCGGAAGGCGUUGGUUUUUCAUCGGCUCAUCCAUCCUCGGUCUCAUUGGCAACAUCAUUGGCGCAAGUGCCCAGAGUAUCAACAUGCUCAUCGCCACGAAUUGUAUCAAUGGGCUCGCUGCUGCUGGCCAGUUAUCGUUUCACAUAACCCUCGGCGAAUUGGUCCCGAACGCUCUUCGUGGACCCGUGAACGCUCUCAUAUUGAUCACUAGCCUUCCCUUUGCCGUGUUUGGACCUCCAGUCGCUCGGGCCUUGUAUACAAAUACAGACCUCCAGUGGCGCUGGUCGUAUAUUCUAGGUAUUAUUGUGAACGCAAUAGCAGUUCUUCUGUUUGUCGUCUUCUAUCACCCACCAACCUACCCGAUGCUCCACGUGGGAGGAAAGUCUAAGAUGCAGCAAUUGCGAACGCUAGAUUGGGUAGGAAUCGUGUUGUUUACUUCUGGGAUGACCGUGUUUCUGAUUGGCAUGAACUGGGGCGGGGGUACUUAUCCUUGGAAGAGCGGACACGUCCUUGGAGCCUUGUUUGCAGGCUUUAGCACCCUGGUCGGAUUCUGCUUUUAUGAAGCAUACCAUGGCCACCAGUAUCCGCUCAUUCCCAUGCGCCUCUUCAGGAGCGUUCACUACGACGCUAAUGUUGUUUGCGCCAGCUUAGGCGGUGUUGUGUAUUACGCCAACACCAUCGUCUGGCCGUCGAUGGUAGGCUCAUUGUUCACGAAUGAUAUUAUGAAGGUUGGGUGGCUUUCGUGUGCUGUGGGUGGUGGGUUACUCCUUGGUCAGAUUCUUGGUGGGGCCGGCGUUCGGUUCCUACCUCGUAUGAAGAUACAGAUGACCGUAGCGGGUGUUAUAGCGACAGCUUUCACCGCUGCAGUGGCCGCAUCUAAUGCGUCGACCGAAGCGCGAACAACUGCGUUCCUUCUCAUUGGCACAAUUGGGGCAGGUUACGUCGAGAACCUGACGCUGUCAUCCACAGCCUAUCUGUGGGAUCCUGCAGAUAUGGGUCUUGUCACCGGCGUGCUUGGAGCAAUACGCACUGCAGUCUCUGCCAUUGCAACCAGCAUGUACUCAUCCAUUCUAACCACCGAGGUUGCCAAGCACAUUCCGCAGAAGGUGACACCCGCAGCUCUACUCGCUGGUCUUCCGAGCUCUUCGCUGCCUGCGCUGUCCCAAGGCAUAAUAAGUGGCGACCUGUCGUCAGUACCUGGUAUGUCCCCCAGCGUCCUGGUCGCCGUAGAGACGGCAGUCAAAGAGGCCUACGCUCGGUCAUAUCAAACUGUGUAUCUUUGUACAUUACCUUUUGGGGUUCUUUUGAUCUUUUCAGCGCUGUUCAGUCCGAAUGUAGAGAAGUACCUGACCGAUGAAGUGGCGCGGAAGCUGCACGGAACCGUGCAUCUAGUGAAGAACCAGGCUGUCACUAUUCAGCAUGCUGAGAAAGUCUAGAGUGAGAAGAUAUUUACGGGGGUUGUUAAUAUCCAGAUCAGUAAUCCGACAAUCCGUUAUUCCCGCUCAUGGAUAGCGGUGUCACACUGCACUGAUCAAUUCCAGUGCGACCCAUCUGUUCGGCAAUCGUAAGAGCAACUUCCACUCAAUUUACCAUAUCUCAAAGGUGCUACUGCAAAUAUCGGGAACGAUGUGUAGGUUCAAAGAUCGAUAAAAUUGAGUUAGUCUAAGUUGAUACACCGCUGGUUCUCAUCUAGUCAUACUUCUAGGCUACUGAGGCGUAUGAGUAAGGUUACACCGUCUCUGUCUUGAUCGUAGCAUUGCUCUUCUGAGGCUUGCUCUCUGCAACUGACUCACUCCUCA